GUAAUUUUCUCCUCCCUUUUCUUCUUUUCCGUCUCUCUCCGUGUCCCUCCCCCUUCUUCUGAACAUUUCGCCGACCAGUCCCUUCUUUGUCGAUACAUACACACACUUCACUAUUCAUAUAUAAACAAACACUUGACAUAUUCACAUACUUCUCUUUUCCUAAAAACUACUUUUAAUUCCGUUGAUCUCUCUCUCUCUCUGGAUCCUUCUCCAACACCGUCACACUCUGUUGUGGAUAGAUGCCAGUUGCAAAACUCCGCAUAGGUGGUACUUCAGAUGCAAUGAAAGCAGAUGAGGUGAACGAUUCACUUGAUACUUUCAUUAGACAAGCUAUGGGAAAGGAACCUCUGCUUUCUUUCCCAAGAACGGGGGAAGGUCCUGUUCAAUGGAUUCAAUGGCUUAAUUCUUUAGAUCAGCCAGAUAUUACUGGAUGGCCUUUUUUGACACCUUCAAGAGUUCAGAUGCAGAAGUGUGAGAAAUGUUCCAGGGAAUUUUUUUCACCUAUUAAUCACAGAAGACAUAUACUUGUGCACCGCAGAUCCUUAAAUCUUGAUAAGGAGUCGCACAAAUACAGGGAUUUGUUGGCAGCGUUCUGGGACAAGCUCUCAGUGGAUGAGGUUAAGGAAGUUGUAUCAUUGCAAGAUAUUUCAUUAAAGGAAAUUGCUGGAUCUUCACUUGUUCAUGCCUUGGCAACAGCUUUGGGCAAACCUGGGUUUUGGACUCUUCCUCGUGGUUAUGUAAGGGCUGGUUCUAAGUUGUUGGAAGUCAUCCAAGCUAAACCUUUCAGGCCUCCAGUGACUUCCCAGGAGUUAUUUAGUAUCCUUGAAGAUGCUACUGAGAGAACAUUCUUAUGUGCUGGCACGGCUGACUCGGUGCAAAAAUAUGUUUUCGAUGGGGAAGCUUCCAAAAUUGGUUUUGACGCGAAGAAUCUGGUUGCUUGCACCAGCUUCCUUUUUGAACAGAAACUGGUAAAAGCAUGGGUUGCUGAAAAAGAUGCUGAAGCUUUGAGAUGCCAAAAGUUGCUUUUUGAGGAGGAAGAAGCUGCUCAAAAAAAGCAAGCUGAGCUAUUGGAAAGGAAAAAGGUGAAAAAGCUUCGACAGAAGGAACUGAAAGCAAAGGAGCAAUCAAUUGAGGAGAAAGGAAUUCUGGAGGCACCAGCUGAUUGUUUUGAGGUUCCAUUGGCAGAUGUCUCUAGCCUUCCACGGCCAUCUGAUUCCUAUUCUAAUAUUCCUGACGUAUCUCUGGACGUCUCCGCCUCUCUUGAAAUGGUUCAGUUCUCCAGCAAUGUAGAUACGAGCGUCGAAUCCCAAUUUGAUCUUUGUCACCAACACCUGGAUUCAGUUAAAGCUCAUAAUCUUGAACCCCGACCAGUGUCUGCCAAUAGUCGACGGCGUUUUGCCAAUUCCCAGUUGCAAGCACCAAAAUCGCAAAGGUCUGGGCGAAAUGGUGGUUUCCAUAACAAUCAAAAUCAUCAAGCAUUGAAAGCUGAACCUAUACAGAAGCACAAGGACAGUAGUACCCCUGUUAAUAGCAGUAUGAUAUGGACAAGAAAAGUUAGAGUUGAAAGUGAUGAUACUUCAAUACCGGAGGUGCAGAAAGAGGACAUAGAUCAGAAGCAGAGCAAAUCUGAAGUGAUAAUUGGUUCUAUAUCUGUUCCCGUGAAAGAUUGCAGCACUCAGCAGCAGGGAAGAGAUGAUUUUGGAAGCACAGAGCUUCGUAAAAAAUGCAAUGUUGUAGAGAAGCCAGCUAAGCAUGAUGCUCUUCAGAUUGGGUCAAAUAGAGCAGCUGCCAAGCUUUGGAGGCCUGUGAGGCAUACAGUUGGAAGACAAGAUCGUGAAGAAGAGGGUGUCAUGUCUUCAAAGUUUGAUGAUCGAACAUCAUUAAAUGAAAAUUGUUUACCGUUAUGUCCCGUGGACAGCUCUGGCAGUCAUAAGAAUUGUCAGGUUCCAGAUGGAAAUGCACAUCAAGGUUUGGGAUUUUCAAGUAUCGCUGCAAAAGCUUUUCUUGCUCAGAGAUGGAGGGAGGCCAUUGCUGGAGAUCAUGUCAGAUUAGUGCUUUCUCCUGACACUGAGUCUUCAGGGCGCCCGGAGGUGCCAAGUAGCAGUUCAGAAGCAACCCCAGCAUCAGAUUCUGGGGAACAUGGGGUUGUUUCCAGAGCUGACACUGAGCUGGCAAAAAAUGAAGUUCUUACUUCAUCUUCAAGUGGAAACAUUAAGGUCAAGUAUAGGCCAAAGCCCGAAAAGGGUGUUAAGACAAUGUACAUUCCCAAGCAAAAAAAAACAUCAUUUAGGAUAAAAGGCAACAUUGUUACUCAUACCUGAAUAUGCAGUUUCUAGCCAGUGCAGCAGAGGUUCCUUUUUACCAGCGGUCUUCUGUGAGAGAGUUAAAGAUAGGGUUUCUAGUGAAAAAUAGCUUGUAGUCCCAUCCUCUAGUUUGAGUCGUUAAGCAUUUUUGACUCGGGCUUUUGCGCCUAACAAUUUUGCCGUAACAAGUAUUUCCGCUCACCAGAUCUCCCAGACAAUGUAUGAAUACAAAUCAAUUUAUAAAAUUAUCCCAAAGAUUAGAGAGCAGCCAUUUUUGUC